AUGGACAAGCUACCUACAUAUUCCGAGUCUCCACCAGUCGACUUUCCGCGGCUGGCAAGAUGGAAACUGAAGCACAGAAUGGCACCGAUAGCACUCACGUUGUGUUUAAUAUCCGGAGCGAGCUUACUUUUAUCUCUGUCACAGCUCGCGUUACUGGGAAAGCAGUCCGUUCAGCUCCCCCUCCAUGCUGAGCAGAUACUGCAGAGAUGCAACAUGCUUCACGUAAAGCCUGGCCCACCUUCCGACUUUCACCAGCGCACUGAGUCUGACCGUUUCGUCGAAGGAACCCACGCGACUCUCAUUAGAAAUGCAUCCAUUUGGACUGGAGAUCAGGAGAUCACGCAGGGGGAUAUCUUGCUCGACAAGGGUAUCAUCAAAUUCGUUGGACAUGCAAACCCAGGUAUGUUCAACAAGUUAAAGGACUUGGUCACAUUGGAUGCAGGUGGAAGUUGGGUCACACCUGGGAUAGUCGACCUUCAUUCCCACCUGGGUGUUGACAGUGCCCCAGCUCUAAGUGGCGCAAGCGAUGGCAAUUCACUGAAGGGUCCUAUCUUACCCUGGCUCCGCAGCCUCGAUGGGCUCAAUACCCACGAUGAUGCCUACAGACUCAGCAUAUCCGGUGGCGUAACCACCGCAAAUGUUCUUCCUGGAUCUGCUAAUGCCAUUGGUGGCCAGGCGUUCGUUAUUAAGCUUCGUCCCACUGCAGAACGCUCUCCUUCAUCUAUGCUCCUGGAACCACCCUAUACUCUCAAUGGCACGCAUGUUGAUCCGACCUUACCUCCAAGAUGGAGACAAAUGAAACACGCGUGCGGCGAGAAUCCCAGUCGUGUAUACGGUAACACGCGUAUGGAUACUUUCUGGGCUUUCCGACAGGCAUAUGACACUGCUCGGCAGAUUAAAGAACAACAGGACGCGUAUUGCGCUCGUGCGCUAGCAGGUGAAUGGGAAAACCUCGGCGAGUUCCCUGACAACCUACAGUGGGAAGCGCUUGUCGAUGUAUUGCGCGGGCGUGUCAAGGCAGUUGAUCUGGACGACUUUGUCCGUCUUACCAACGAAUUCCAAUUUCCGAUCGCUGCGUUCCACCACGCUCAUGAGACAUACCUCGUCCCAGGAACUCUCAAGCAGGCGUAUGGCCACACCCCUGCAGCAGCCUUGUUCGCUACAAAUGCCCGGUACAAGCGUGAGGCAUACCGCGGGUCGGAAUUUGCUCCGCGUAUUCUAGCCGAGAACGGGAUUGACGUCGUGAUGAAGAGUGAUCAUCCUGUCCUCAACUCUCGCUUCUUGUUAUACGAGGCGCAGCAAGCGUACAUGUACGGCCUUCCGGCGAAUCUUGCUCUUGCAGCUGUUACGUCGACACCCGCGCGCAUUAUGGGACAGGACCAUCGGAUUGGAUUCGUCCGCGAAGGAUAUGACGCUGAUCUUGUUGUAUGGGAUAGCCACCCUCUCGCGCUAGGUACAACGCCACAACAAGUCUGGAUUGACGGCACUCCCCAACUUUCUGAGCCCGCCGUCGCCUCAAAACCCGCAUCCUUCCAACAGGCCCCGCGCACACCAAAUUUUGAUCUCGAGGCUGCCGCGGCUAUCAAGUAUGACGGACUCCCGCCCCUGACGCCAAAAAAGGCAAAAGAUUUGGUGGUGUUUGCAAAUAUAAGUAGCAUGUUUGUGCCGGACGGAAUGGGUGGUGUGAUGAGUGUGGCUGAAGUAGGAGAGGGCAGUGUGGUAGCCCUCAGGAAGGGUGUGGUGCAAUGCUGGGGUGCUGCAGCUACUUGUGCGAACGAAUUCACCUCAGAAGAUGCCGAGUGGAUCGACCUCGAGGGCGGGUCUAUCGCUCCUGGCCUUAUCUCUUACGGUUCUCCACUUGGUCUGGAAGAGAUUCAGGGCGAGAGCUCCACGCACGACGGCACUGUUUUCGACCCUCUCACCGGCUCUAUCCCAAGCAUCCUCGCAGGGAGCGAGCUCAUUAAGGCUUCGGAUGGUCUCCAGUUCGCCGGGCGCGACACACUCUCACAUCUACGCCAAAGCCUGGCCUACCGCGCAGGUGUCACUACAGGUGUCACCGCGCCAAGCUCAGGUGGGCUCAUUGUGGGGCUGAGUACGGCGUUCAGCACUGGCGCAGCGCACAAACUCGAGGACGGGGCUGUCAUCCAAGAUGUUGCGGCACUGCAUGUGCAAAUUGGUCACUCAAAACGAGGACCGAGUGUCAGCACGCAAAUCGCAGCGCUAAGGAAUAUGCUGCUGGGUGAUAAGGGUAGUACCACCUUUGCUGAGGUUACAAAGGGCGCUAUACCCCUGGUUGUGGAAGUCCAGAACGCGGAUAUCAUUGCUUCGCUUAUUGAGCUGAAGAAAGAGAUCCACACGCACACGGGACUGAUAUCCAGCUCACUGUUUCAGGAACUUGGUGAGGCGGGCGUCGGUGUCGUCCUCACACCGUCCCGUCCCUUCCCUGAUGACUGGGAGUCAAAGAGGAUAUUGCCUGGUCCACCAUUGACCAAUGAGAGUGCUGUUACCACCCUCCUAGCUCAUGGUGUUACUGUUGGUGUCGGUGUCGUGGAGCAGUGGAGUGCUCGCAACACGCGCUUCGACGUAGCAUGGGCUGCUCUUGAGAGCUUUGACAGGAUCUCAAGGGAACAAGCUCUCGCACUUGCGUCAGUCAAUCUCGAGAAGCUGUUGGGAGUCAAGCCCUCUGGGGGGCUCAGCGAUAUGGUCGCAACUCGUGGCGGUACAGUCCUCGACUCCGAAGCGAAAGUCAUCGGCAUCAUCUCAGCUCGCAGAGGCGUCGUAGACCUAAUCUAG